AGCAUUCGCAACUGUCUGCGUAUCGUCCCCACUCUUCGAAAUUUUUUUGGUCUAUGUAUCCCUCCUCUCCUCUCCCCUCCCCUUCAUCAAUACAAGCGAACGCAUCAUCUUUUAGAAUUCGAAGCCAUACAAAGCCAAUGCUUUCUCUCUCUUCUUCUUUUACUUCUCUCAGAGAGCCCCUUUUUACUUCUUUUUCUCCGCAAUCCAAACCCUCUUUGUUCUCUACUUAUCGAAGGACUCCUCUAAGGGUGUCGGCGGUGUCGACGGUGGAGCGGCCGCAGUCUCCACAGGCGGGGACGAUGUACGAGCUGCUGGCGGUGGCGGAGACGGCGGGACCGGCGGAGAUAAAGGCGGCGUACCGGCAGCAGGCGCGGCGGUGGCACCCGGACGCCUGCCGCUCCACCAGCGAGAAGCCCUUCUUCGCUCAGCAGUUCAUGCGGGCGCGGGAAGCCUACGAGGUCCUCUCCGACCGCGCCCUCCGACGCGACUACGAUCUCUCCCUCCGAAUCGCCAGCACCGCCGUCUCCAGCGGCAAUAGGGUGAGGGCGCGGGGGCGAGAAGGGUUCGGAGACUGGGAGGCCCAAUUGGAGGUGCUCCAGAGGAGGUCAACCCGGCCUGGGCGGGAGGCAACUUGGGGAAGCAGGAUGAGGAGCGGCACCGCACAUGGUUCUGAUUGAUUGAUUGAUUGAUUGACCAUGCCUCUGUCUUUCGGACGGUGAGGAUGGAAGGAUCCGCAUCAAAUCAGAGGGUGUCUGUUUUUUUGGUGGUGUAAUCCGGGGGGUGUUUCGUAGGUUCCUGACGUAUGGGAACGAAAUAGCAGCGUGUACCGAAAAAUCAAAAAAUAGAAGAAACCAUAUAGCGGCAGCGGAAUGCAGCCGUGCUUGUUCUCUGGUAGAUUGGAUAGAUACAAAAUUGGCUUUGGAUAAAAUAUUUGAGUAAACAUAUUUGAGAUAUAGUUAUUU